UUUUCAGGCGAUGCUAGCGAUGCAAUGCGAUGCGAGCGCAAACCCAAAACGCAAACAAAACAAAAGACUUAGGACACGAACUGGGCGAAGGAGCUAGAGCCCCAGUCAUGUAACAACAGCAGCCCCAGCCUCCGCCUCGUACGAAGGCAGCCCUCGUAGAAUUUCGACUCUGAACGACCAACAAACGAAAGAAAAAAACAAGAUCAACUGGUUUCGCGUCGAGCAAACACCAACAACAAAAUACUCACUCAAAACGGAGAGCUCAAGACCAGUUGAGUCUGAGAGUCAGAGCCAGCGCCAGAGCCAGAGUUAGGCCAACAGACCAACAGACCAUCAAACCAUUGUUGCCUCUUCGUCGUCGUCUAUUGCGCGUGCCUUCGGUCGGUCGGUGUCGGUAGAUCGGUUGGUCUGUAAAAAUACUUUUCCCCCAAAGAAGUUUCAUUUGUGUUUUUGACUGUUCGUCGUGCAGAACGAUUCUCCUGCGCUGCCAGUUCCUCUGCCCCGCGGCCAAUGUCUCCCCCCGCCCACUGUCUAUCACCGUCUGCAUCUGUGCCUUUUGUGCCUGUUUGUAUCUGUGUUUGUGUUUGCGAGCAGGCGUGUAAUAUGCGCGAAAAGCUGUUUUCGGUACAUACAGCCUUUCCCAUACAUCCAUAGAGUAAAUUUUCCUGUUAACCGAAAACCUGACAAAAUAUAAUAGAAUACCAGAAAAAUAAAUACAAACAACUACCAUCGAAAACGCUCUCUGGGAGCGUGUGUGUAUGCAUCUACAUAUGUAUCUUGGUGGUGUGUUGGUGUUUCUCUGUAAAUGUGCAUUUAAAUAUCCGUCUGUGUAAAUAUGCAAAAAUGGAAUGCAAACGUUGAUUCUGCUGGUCGCCACUCAGCUAGCAGUAGGUGAAAGUAAAGCGAUUUUUUUUUUAAAUUAAUUGCAAGCAGGCAAUUUCGUACAUACUGUGCCAAGUGAUCCAGUAGCCAAGUGGAGGCUGGCAGGUAAAUUAACUGACUAAUCACUCGGAUGCUCCGACAAGGAGUGGAGUGACCCAGAGUUUCGAGUGAGUGGAAGGUGCAACGCGCGCGCAGUUGGAGACUUUUUGGAUUUCGAAUAUCCGCUCGAGACAUAGUAAUAGGAUACCUAGAAAAAGCCGGAAAAUGCAGCAGCUGGAACUCUGAACUCCGACCUCUGACUUUGGCUGAGAAAGAACAAGGACAACACAUAAAAAACACACACACACGCACGUACACACUCAAAAUGCCCACCCGCCACAAUUGGGAUACGGAGCGUGUGGGCGUGGCACAUCUGGCUGGGGCUCUGAGUCCGCUUUGCAUAACCGAUGCCAAUCAUGAGAUAUUGCGGCCAAAGCCACGAAGACCCACUGGCAACUUGCCUCCCAGUUUCGGACAGCUCCCGGCGCCCAGUCAGAUUACUGGGCUGCCUCCCAUGCCUCCGCCUCUGCUGCAGCCAUCACAGCAGCAGCAGCAACAGCAGUCGACUCCACUGUCGCCCCAUGGACCACACAGCGGUCUGGCGGUGUCGAUGGCUGCGCCAGCACCUCGGGUGUUCAAAGAAUUAGCCCAGCACCCCAACAAGGGAGUGGGGCACAAGGUGGGGGUCCCGGGAAAUCUCGCCUUGAGCCAAGGCCAGAUUCCGCUUCCCAGCCAGAUGACUUCGCCCGUUAGAGCCACCAAGGCGCUGAUUCCCCAGCGAGCGGUGGCGGGUCCCGCUCGCCUGACCGUCCAGAGUACGCCCGUGAAAUCGCAGCCUCCGCAGCUGAGUGGGAGUCUCAGCCAGACCUCGCCCAGCCGACCCACACUGGGCAUACCCACCACGGCCACGAGCACGACCAGUGGGAAUCCCCCGCCAGCACGAACGCACCAGCACGAUCAAUUCCGGGCACUGCAGCGCGUACAGGAAUGCCACAGCUCCUCGGAUGAGAACCGGAGCUCGGGCCAUGCCAGCAUGUCGGACACGGGAGGCCACAGCUCCUCCCCGGCAGGAGGCAUGACCCUGGGACCUCUGCCCGAGGAUCGGCUGGCGGCGGGAGUGACCAAUAGAAGCACCCGAUCUCGACGACACCGGGGCAUAUUGCCGGCGGGCAAGGCACCCUGGAGCGGGACAGGCCUGGAGGACAUAAAGCUGGCCAUGCUCACACUGCGCUCCCAGACGAGCAGCAGCACGUACAGCAGUCUGAGCGCCGGAUCGGAGAGCUCCGAGCCAGCCAGACGUCUGGGCCGUUACUCCUCCCUGGAGACGGUGAUCACCAGUACGAGUGCCGACGAGUUUGUGUGGGUGGACUCGCACAACCGCCUGGUAGAGCUGCAGCAUCCGCCGUGGAGCCAGCAGUGCAUCAUACGGGUGCUGAGGGGCGGCCGUUGUAAGCAGCAGGCGGAGCACAUGGCCGUGGAGGUCGUCUCCAGAUUGGGCUACCUGCUGCAGCGGGCUCUAGUUAGAAUUGCUAGGGAGAUCCAGCGCUUCUCGGCGGGAUUGGGAAUGUGCUCCAAGCAGGAGGUGGCCGGUGCCUUCCGGGUUGUGCUCUGCUCGACUCUGGCCGACUCCUGUACCAAGGCCUGCAUGCGUGCGGCGGCCAUGUUCGCCGUGCCGGGGGAGAGUGCGCUGAAGCAGAGCAAGUCCUCGCGAGCAGGCCUCCAGUUGUCCGUCGGUCGCUUCUAUCGCUGGAUGACCGACGCUCGACUCGGCAAGUUUAUACAUGAAUAUGCCGCAGUGUAUCUUUGUGCCGGCGUCGAGAAUCUCCUCGAGGAGAUCAUGCUGCAGUGUAGCAACGGCAACACAGCGGCCGCCCUCGACCAGAGCAUAGCCAACUCGGGUGACGUUUGGGGUCUUCUGCAGCCCUUUGCUCAUCUAAAUGCGGGACGCAUUGCCUCCGGUGCUCUGACCAUGCCCUGCUGGGCCAGUGCCUCCUCCCUGGCCACCUGCGUGGGCAGCAUCCGGGAGCUUAAGGAGAAAGCCCUGCGCACACAGCAGGAGUUCCAGCUGGGCGCCGCCCUCUCUGGCUCCGCUCUGGCUGCGCUCUUUUACUUCAUGCGCUGCUCCCAGCUGGAGCACACGGAGCUGCUGGCCGCCUCAGGAUCGGGAUCCGGCCAAGCCGCCCCAGUGCCGCCCAAUAAUACUGGCAGCCAUCAUGUCCAGGAGCUGUGCUAUGAGCGCGCCUAUGUUGUCCUUCCCCCCCUGGCCGAAUGGUUGAGGGUCGCCUCGGCGCAUGCCGAGCACCGCAGCGCUCUGAUGAUAGACAAGGAUGAUGUGAUGCAGGCGGCCCGGCUCCUGCUCCCGGGCGUCGACUGUCCUAUCCGUCCCGUGGCCCACGAUGAGGAACUGCCCACCAAGAAGACUCAUUUCAAUGCGGGCUCCAGUAGCUCAACGGGAACGGGCACAGGUAACAGCAGUUCCAGUUCGCCGGUGGUUAGUGGAAUUGGUAUCGGGAUUGGCGAGGAUACCUCAGAGCUGGGCAGGCGCGCCACCAUUGGAGUGGCCUUUAAGCUGCUUCUCACUGGCCGCGCCGAGCUACUGGCUCAGGCUGCCCAACUGCUGCCGCCCACAACCCGCUACGACACCCAGAACAGCGCUGGCCUGACAGCCCUGAUGGUUGCCAGCAUCCGCAACGACGAGGUGGCUCUGCACGCGCUCUUGGACGCCGGCUGCGAUCCCAAUGUGGAGGUGCCGCCCGCCGGCAGCUCUGGCCAUCCGGCCAUCCUGCCGGACACGCAGCACUGGACAGCCCUGAGCUUCGCCGCCAGUCGCGCCAACUACGUGGCUCUGAGGAUUCUGCUAGAGCGGGGCGGCAAGGUUGAGGGCGGAGCUCGCAGCAGCGAGGAAAAGUGUACCUUGACGCCGCUGCAGUUGGCCGCGGGCACGGGCAACCUAGAGAUCGUGGCCCUCCUGCUGGCACAUGGAGCGAACGCCUUCCUCUCCACCCAGCAGAAGGACUCCCUCUGCUUUGCGGGAUCGGCGCAGAAAGGUUGCUUCUGUGCUAUCUCCGUUGCCGCCGCCCACGGGCAUCGGUCUUGCCUGCGCAAGCUGCUCACCCAUCCCGUGUUGCCUGGCACUCGGGAUGUCCUCUCACUGGAGGAAAUGCUGGCAGAGGGCGAUGUGGCUGGAGUAAGAGGGGGUCCAGGCAAUGUCCCGACCAAUGCCAAUAGCGAGGACAUUCUACCGUUGCUGAACAAGACGCAGAUCAAGCGACUCCAGGAGGCCAUGUACCACAGUGCCGAGAACAACCAUUUGGACAUAACCAUUGAACUGCGCAAACUGGGGGUGCCUUGGACUCUCCACUGCUGGAUGCAUGCCCUGUCGGCGGCGCACGAGCUGCGGCUGGAUGCUGUUAUCGACCAACUGCUGCAGGACUUCCUCCAGGUUUGCCCGGACGACUACAGCGCUCAGUUCGUGAGCGAGUGCCUGCCGCUGCUUUUCAACAUAUUCCGGAACAAGAACGAGGGCACCACCCUGCUGCUGGCUGACAUAUUUGCCACCUGCUUUGGCUGGGAGACGCUGCAGCCGGUAAAGGAGCAGCCACAGAUGCAGCCAGUCCAGGGCUCUCGCAUAGAUCCCAAGUUCGUGAACAACCCGGAACUGAGCGAUGUCACAUUUAGAGUUGAGGGCAAGAUCUUCUAUGGGCACAAGAUCGUCCUGGUCACAGCCUCGCCGCGCUUCCAAAGCAUGCUUAGCUCCAAGUUGAGCGAUGCCAGUUCCACGCCCACGGUCCAGAUCAACGAUAUACGCUAUCACAUCUUCCAACUGGUCAUGCAGUUCCUCUACAGCGGCGGAUGCGGCUCUCUAGAUGUGGCCCAUGGAGAUGUCCUCGAGCUAAUGGCUGCGGCCAGCUUCUUCCAGCUGGAGGGUCUGCUCCGAUAUACAGAGGCUCGCUGCUCCGAAAUGGUCGAUGUGGACAAUGUGGUGGCCAUGUACAUACAUGCCAAGGUCUACAAUGCCCAUCGUCUGCUGGAGUACUGCCAGUGCUUCCUGCUUCAGAAUAUGGUGGCUCUGCUCACCUACGAUGACUCGGUGAAGCGUCUACUGUUUGCAAAGAAGAUACCCAAUCACGACGUCCUCGCCGGCCUUUUGCAGACCCUGCAGACCCGCCUUAAGACGCGCAAGCCCAAUUCUGGCGGCGGCCUGGUCCACUCCUAUCGAUCGCCUCCGGCCACGCCCGUCAAGAAGUAACCCUCUCCCCAUAACAGAAUCCAAUUCGUAUUUAUUACAUUAUUUUUUUUAAUUGAAUCUUUGAGCUUUUAUGUAUUAUAAUAAUUUCCCAGCCGGAUACCGAUCCCCUUCUUCAAGACUCUACCUUAGUUGUACUUUUUUUUUAUUUUUUUUUGUAUUCUCAAUUUGUUCAGCGCACUGUUAACUUAUACGAACCCCAGGAUCGUCAAGAAGCCGAUCCUCUAGCUAUUAUUUUGUAGUUGAAAUUGUUUCUGCAUUAAAUGAAGAACGUAACCUUUUUUUUAUUCCAAUUAA